UGCCACUUCGGUCAAGGGUUUAUAUGAAGCAGAGCGAAUCAGAAACCCUUAACUCGGGAAGAUGGUCAUUUCGUAAGAAUCGAGAAGACGGCCUUUAAACCUAAGACGGCGUUUACAUGACCACAGCGACAACCUAAAUGUUCAACCAUGCAUUUGAACGGAUGUUAAAUCUUUUUAAAUGCCAAAUCGUAACAAAAAUAUUUUUCAACUGUAUGCUGAGUACGAAAACCCAUUCUUCUGAAAUGAAAUCCUGUUAUCUGUGUUUCAAGGAGAAUAUCCACAUACAGGAUGAACAAGCUGGUCCAAUGGUUCUACAUCCUGUGUUUCUUUGGCGGGUUCUCUGUGCUGUUCAUGCUUUUCCGUACUGAUGUGAAAAAGAAAUACCUGAAUCCGACAUUAGAGUCCUUGUUUUUACACAACGCGAGGGAGUUUAUAGAAGAAGUCCCGGACUAUUCAUGUCCAAGUAACGUAUCUGAGGACGAUGCAGAAGACAUACUCUGUGCGGAGAGAAAGAGAUUUCUGACGAAUUUUAAAAAUCCCUGCUGGUUUGAAGAGGUGUACAAGUACGAUGACUAUUCAGCGGAACCGGUCUCGGAGCUACGAUGUUUCCCAUAUUUCCAUGUUUUUGGUGUUUGUAAAACAGGAACAACAGACCUUUUCUACAGGCUGACUCGGCAUCCGCAGAUAUUGAACAAUUUUGGUCUUUUAAAUAAGGAAACAUGGUUUUGGUCUUGGAGGCGUUACGGACAAGGAUCCUACAAUGGUACUAAAAUUACACUCGACGAGUUCUCACGGAUUUUCAAGGCCGAUGAAAUUGGACGGACAAAGAUUGCACUAAACGAUUUAUCGCAGUAUUCAGAUCUCAUCACAGGCCAUGGCGAUCCCAUGGAUUUCUGGGAUCAUCGUCAUUGGAGGGAAAUCCCACAGAACAAUCCUCUCUCAAACGCACCGAGAUACAUGACACCUCAUCUAGUGAAGCACGUGCAACCGAAAAUCAAAUUGAUUCUCGUGCUACGAGAACCUGCAGAAAGAGCAUCUUCAAGCGGGGCAUCCCCUCGCAUCAAUCACAAAUGGAGACUGUACAGUCAUUACUACCACGGAGGAUACGGGCAUUCAGCCGAGGAGUUCCACCACUCAGUCAUAACAGCCAUACAUCGCUUAGACGAAUGCAUGAAGUACAGCAGUUACAGAUCGUGUAUUUACGGAUACAAUAUGACGACGCAGCUACACCUUCCAAUAACGGCAAGUUUAUACUACAUCCAUCUCCAAGAAUGGCUGGAUGUAUUUCCCAGGGAACAAGUAUUCAUUAUUAGAAAUGAAGAUUAUCGAAAGGACAUGAAGCACAGUCUACUUAAAUUAUUUUCGUUCCUUGAAGUUGGAGACAUUUCUUCAAACCUAUUGAAAGACAUUGUAGAAAUGCCGCACAGAUACGAAACGGUUCUUAAAAAUAUACAAGGUUCGAUGUUAAACGAGACAUGGAACAUUUUAGUUGAAUUUUUUGAGGAACCAAACAGAAAAUUGGCAGCCAUGUUAAACGAUGGGCGAUAUUUGUGGAGGGAUACGACCUUUAAGUUUAGACCUAAGAAAAAAAUGUACCGGAAACACAGACCACAUAUCGGCCCUGCUGAUCAUCUGAGGACAUAUUAUGAAAAAAAAAGAAAAUCAAAACUUAAUCCAGAUUCAGUGAUUGAUCGUUUCAUAAUGACAUCCAAGUCGUUUGGAGAGUGGGUGGAAAAAGUAAAACAGCAUCAACAACAGCGGAUUAAAGCACACCAAUCAGUGGCGAAACGCCCAGAGAAAAUAUAUCACCACGAGAAACGGAAACAUGAAAAGCAGAUGUCAGGAAAUGGUGCUCACCGCCAAAACAUUACCAUCAAAAUGCUAAGAACUGUGACAAAUAGCUCUGAUUUCAAUAAGAAGAGAACAGGUGUUGUCAUAAGACAGGAAAAUAAUCCAUUACACGACCGGAAGCACAUACAGAAUUUUAACAAUCGACCUUUAAAGAGUAUGCGAAAGAAAAGGAGGGUACAUUUUCAAAAAUGAAUUCAAUAUUUUGAAGUCACAUUUAAUAAAACUUAAUAGAAAUUUUCCUCGAUAGAAAAGAAAACGAUGAACUUGACUGUUGAUAUUAAAAUGAUUAUUUUACUAAUGUUAUGUCUCCCCUUCAUAUGGUUUUAGUGUGAAUUCUUCUUAUCUUACAAAGUUUGUCCGGGUCAUAACUGUUUUAAGCCUUUGAUGUUUGGUAUGUGGGUAUAUCACGAUAAGACAGUGUCACGUACCAUUUUUAAUGACCUUGACCCUUUUAUGUAAUACAAUAAUAUAAUUUGGGGGGCAGUUUAUAAUAAUGGCGUGGAAACAGUAACCAAACUUGUGAAAUUCUUCACCGCUUUAUGGAUCACAUGGUGAAAUUGUAUAUAAUGCUCUGUUCUCCGAAAAAAUUCGCACAUGAACUGGGUUCAUUGAUAUAUCGCACAUGACUACCUCUACCAAUAUCAGUUCACUGUCUAUGGGUCAGGGAUUACGGUCCCGGAGCGUGCCACGUGGAUCGUACUGUUGUUAGUUUUAGUAUUUCACUUAUGUAGAUAUACGACCAGCUGUAGUUGAAGUGCCAUAGAUUGGCCCAUUCAACAGUUAAGACCAAUACAUGUAUGAAUUCAACUAGCUGUUUAUCGUUGAUUUUUUUUUAUAUAUUUUAUGUAUAAAUUGAUAUCAUGUGUUCUUUGAAGUUUUCUUCCAAUAUGGUUACAGUAUUUUUUUAGCAAUGAAAAUCUUAUAUAACAUUUUACAACUAAGUUCAUCUAAUGAUAUUGUUUUUCAUUGUUCCUCAAUAAAAAGUUAUUAUUUGUUAUAUGAAUAAACUUCUUUUUAAUAG